AUGCGACGCACUCAACUUGUUGUUCUGUUCAAACAUCUGGAGCUGCAAUUCCCACCAUUUGGUCAAGAAUGGAAGACUCUUGACCUGUUUCGGAACAUACUCGGCACGCUUACCGGUAAGACCCACAAUGCUGUCGAUUGUCCAGAAGUUGUCAGGGUCGGUGACUUUUUUGUUGCCGUUGACUUCCUGCUGGUUGAAAGCCCAGUCUGGAAGCAGCUGGUCGUCGUGGGUCCACAUGGUCACUGUGGUUGGGACGUGGAACAGCUUGAAGACAGACGCCUUGGACUUGAGCACGUCGUGCUUUCUCUUGUCAAACGGAUCAAGUCUGAACAAAGUGUCGUUGUAUCUGGUGGUCUCCGAUUGUUCGUCGUUGAUGAUGGUGAACUCCUCGUUGGUUGGGAAUAA